CGCGUCUUUCCAGUUCCGACAGACAGGGCGAGAACAGGAUCGGAGCUUGUCCUGGUUAGCUGCAGCUUGCAUUCCGACCGCACACCCCGACGUACACCGCGCCUCGAACACAUCGGUCCGGUCUGUGAGAUCUCGGCUCGAAGCACAAUUUCUUUGGCGGAUCGGUCGACACUCGACGCGCGUGCGGUUUCCUUCGCGACCCGGACGACCGCGUUGCCGGCUUUCACGUCGACCGUCGCACCGUCGACGAGGUGUUCGCCCCCGAAUCGCCCCCCCAUCCCCAACACCUCAUGGAUCACCACUUCCUCCCAUCAGCACUACCCACCGGCGCAGGAUAUCCCGUCGGAGACACCCCUUUGGCAUCGCCGACGAUCUUCCAACCCGACCCACUGCACACCCAAACCUUUCCUUCCGCAGAGUACGAUGGUUACAGCAACUUCCCCGAAACGGGCCAAGCGAUCUUACCCGCCAACAAUGCGCAGCGUCGGAAGCGGCGGCCGCUGGGUCCCGAGCACACGAAGCACAGACGUACCCGGAGCGGCUGCUACACGUGUCGACAGCGACGUGUGAAGUGCGACGAAACCCAUCCGAUCUGCGAACGUUGUCAAAAAGGGGGCCGAGAAUGCGCGUAUCCCGGAUCGAACUCUUCGAGCUCGGGCAGAGGAGCCGGUGGCGACACGCAGGUUCCGAUGUCCCCCAAGACCUCGAGUCCCUCCGAAAGCGAGCAUGGCGGAAACGAACACUAUCAGAUCUCCUCGAUCGCGGAGGACGCCAGCGAGCAGGGGGAUUCUGAGGAGGACGAUCAGGCAUUUGGGGGCGAGCCGAUCAAAAGAGUGGAGUCUGGCCGGUUCGGCAGAGAUGGCGUAGCGUUGUCACCGACGAUCAUGAUGGAGCCCGCACCGAACGCACGGCACCAUCGACCCAUCGCACCGCUCAGUCCAUCGCGGUCCAUGGGUGGAGGAUCAUCGCAUCGUCGGGCUUCCCUCCCCGACGACAUCAAAUUCUACCUCGAUUACCACAAGGAAAACAUUUCCUAUCACCAUUACUUCUUCAAGUUCGAUGACACCGACUUCAUCCAUGGCACGAUGGUCGACAUCGCACUGAGCGACACUUCCCCGGCUCUCUUGUCAAGCAUCGUCGCCUUCGCGGCAUAUCACCAUUCCUGCGCGCAGAAAAACAUGAGGCAAUCCAUGUUUCUGGAAUACUACAACCGAUCGAUCACAGCUUUGUUCCAACUGGUGGCGAGCAAGCGACAUGACGUCGCAGCGCUGUUGGCGAUCCUACAGCUGGCCACCAUCGAGGAAUACCUCGGCGAUUGGAUGAACUUGUUGAGUCAUCAGCGUGCCGCCAAGGUCGUUCUCGCCGAACUGUUCACGCCCGAGUCAUCCGUCCAAGACGAGACGCGUCGGAAGAUAGUGGCGUGGUAUUGCCGUUUUGACAUCACUGCGGGCUUGAUGUCGGGGAGUCAUACGGCGUUGGGUCGCGAUUGGUGUACUGUCUUGCAUGAGUUUUAUCAACAGGAAGCUGCUGUCCGCCCCGGCGAUCCCUCUGCGUUUUUCAAAUCGUGUUUCACUAAGACGCGCGUGUUGGCCGCCGACGUGACCAUCCUGUUCGCCGAGCGGAAGCGGGGGACCAUCAGCGACGGGCAGUUCGUCGACGAAUACAAAAGACUCCUGCUGGAAUUUGCCACGACCUCGGAGGUCCUGGAGCGCGCUUUCCUCGACUCGGCGCAAUUCGUCCCGGCCUUCCCCAGGGCACCACCGCCCAGCCAAGAUGACGUUUCCGACUUUCGGGAUCCAAGAUUCCUCUAUGCGGGCGAGCUCGCCCCCCUGAACUUCGUCCUAUUGGAUUUUUGGUCGGUCGAGCUGACGUUCAAGUAUCAAGUGUGCCUCACACAAGCCCGAGCCCCUUCUCAAGAAUGCAAAGCGCUGGCGUUGAAGAUCUGCAAGUUGUUCGAAGCGCUGCAGUACGGCGACCCGGGGCCAGUGGGCGGCAUCGUGGGCGCACAAGCCGGCUUGGGCAUCGCGGCGCUGUGUCUGCCAAGCGACGACAAACACACAUGGUGGCUCCGCCGGAAAUUUGCGGCCGUCGAGGAACACGGGUACAUCUACGCGCAAAGUUACCACACGCGGAUGAGUGAUGUCCGCGGAACAGAUAUGACGGACUCCUGGCUGCCGCAGAACGAUGAGACCGCUCGCCUCGCAGCUAGCAUCCGAGACUUCGUCAAAUAUCGCGCCACCCAACCCAAGGACGAAGCGAGUUUCGGCGUGCGAGACAUGACCGGCUUCUUCCAGACGAUGAAUCUGUCGCCGACCGCUGGGUGAGGCGAAACAUGUCGACGAAUUGGUGCGGGUGUGGCACAGAUGGUCGCCGCUGAUGGACGGCGGGAACUGGUUGAAUCCUGUAUAGCUGCUGACGCUCUCGAUCGGAACGUCAAGGCGUCAGCGUUUAUGAUUAAUGAUUGAAUGUAUAUCCUUCGAAGAUUCUCUGAAUGCACCUGUUCGAACGAUCCGCG